AUGAUGUUCCAUAAAGGUAAAUUUUGUUCUCUUUUAUUCAUAACGCUGUUAUUAUAUUUUUUGCAAAAUGAUGACGAAUAUUUUCUAAGAAUAAUUAAGUGUGACAGUGUAGCUAAAAAAAUAGGGGAUAAUUAUAACAAAGAAAAUAAAUACAUUGAAGAUAAAUUCUCUAAUCAAAGAAAUAUAGGAUAUAAAAAAGAAAAUGAUAUAAAAAAAUAUAUUUUGUUAAUAAAUAGUAAACAAAAAAGCUAUAUAAUAUCUAGAUUUUUCCUGAAACCCACUAAAAAAGAUAUAUUUAUUCGAAUUGUAAAUAAAAAUCAAGAUAGAAAGAAUCAAAACAUAUUUACUUUGAGUAACAUUGAUAAGAAAAAAAAAAUAUAUGUAAUGGAAAAAAAAACAAAUAAUAAUUUAAAAAAUUUUACAUUUUUGGAAUUGCGUAAUCAUGUUUUAUCAAAAAAAUCAAAUGUCUUAUCAAAAGAAACAAUAGAUAUGAGUCAUAACAAAAAUAUUCCUUAUAAUUUGAAAAAAUAUAAUCAUAAUAGUUUUAUAGAAGACGAAGAAGAAGAAGAAGAUCCAAAUUUUGGUUGGGUUCAUCUAGCUAAUUAUAGUAUGUCAUGUAGAGAAACUGGAUGUCCUAAUGCAUAUCAAAUGUGUAUUCCAUUUUCAGCUAAAGAAAAGAAUUUUGAUGGAAAAGAUAUUGUAGAUAUUAUUCUUGAGCAUCUGAAAGUUGGUGAUUCUCUAUUAAAAUUUUAUAAUGGACCUGUUAUUGACGAAUUUAGAUCUACUUUUUAUUAUUCAUGUAUUUGCAAAAAAUAUACAACAGAUAAUAUGUGUGAUGAAUCUGUCGAGUAA